UUUUUAUUUCCCGCCCAACCCUUCCUCUCUCUCUCUCUCUCACUUUGCAUUCAUCCUCCACAACAAACAAUGGCAGCAGACACCAUCAGGAGGAUGAGCACCGCCACUAGCCACAACACCAACACUGAGAGGCAGGACAAGGACGCAGCAGUAGAGGAGCCGCGGUACGAUCCACGCAGUCUACAAUAUGUCGAGCCGACCCAGACCAGUCUCCAGUGCUCGGUCUGCUGCGAGUACUUUACAGAGCCAGUCAGCGCACCAUGCGGACACACAUUUUGUCGCCCCUGUAUCCUGCAGGCAUUAGAGGUCAGCAGCGGAUGCCCACUCUGCAGGACGACCAUCGAUCCAUCCUCGCUCUAUGAGGUCAUUGCACUCUCUAGGAUUUGUGAUGAAUUGCUCGUUUAUUGUCCCCACAAGGCUCUCGGGUGCGGCCACACAUGUCAGCGGAUUCAGAUGGGUCAACAUCUCAAGGACGACUGUGUCUACAUUGGAACGCUUUGUCGAAUUGAGGAAUGUCGCAAGAAACUGCUCAAGAAGGAUCUGUCGGAACACAUGGAGAGUUGUCCUUAUAAGCGGGUCGAUUGUUUGAUGUGCAAUACCAAGGUUCAGAAAUCGCAGCUCUCGGUAAGGAACCGUCCAUCCAUGCUGUCUUUACAACCGACCAACCAACCAACCAACCAAAAAAAAAAAGGGAACAGAGACAAUGUUCACACACGUUUGUACAAUGGCUAUAGGAGCAUCAUAAAACAUGCCCAGCAGAGACCGUAACCUGUCCACAUUGCGAAACGACCCGGACUCGACUGCGACAUUUGGAGCACAUCAAGCAGUGUCCUCGACAAAUCAUUCCGUGUACGCUCUCAGAGUUUGG